AGGCAACGUUUGAAUCCUAUAAAUACGAACGUCGAGUCGAAUCAGCUAUCAGUUGAAGAAAAUUGAGAAAUUCGCUUGCGGUUUGAAAGUUAUAUUCGUAAAUUUCGAUAAAACUCGGCAUCAUGUCGUUGUUUCCGUACGUGAUCCGUGAUUUCAUGAAAAUCUUGAACCAUCCGACAGUCUACGAUCAAUAUUUCGCGCUACGUCCUUCAGUAUUCCGUUUUAUGAACGUUCCUCUUCAAGUCACUCAUCAUAAUCAACGAGCUCAAAGAUGUCUUGAAACCGAGGACAGCCGAAUACCCAACAUUGAGGAAGACAAACACAACUUCAAAAUGAAUGUGGACGUGCAACAGUUCAAGCCAGAAGAAAUUUCAGUGAAGCUGUCAGGAGACAAUAUUGUGAUUGAAGGCAAGCACGAAGAACAACAGGACAAGCAAGGAUUCAUCUCUCGACACUUCUGUCACCGCUACAAAUUGCCAGAAAAUGUGGACAUUGAGAAGGUGCAAACAGAACUGUCAUCUGACGGAAUUCUAUCACUCAUCGCACCGAAAAUAAUCAGUGAAAUCGACAACAACGAGCGUCAUAUUCCCAUCAAACAUACCAAUCAGCCAGCUCUGAAGCAGAAGCCACAGGAGGAGAAGAUAAAGGCCUAACCAUCAACCUCACAAUCUGCAUUUAAUACCGGUAAUUCUUAUGUGAAUAAGAAAGUGUACACCAAAGCUAUAAUUCCUUCUUAACACUAGAAGCUGAAGACUGGAGUAUACUUUUAUUAAAAGACUGUUUAUUCAAGAAAUAAUAUUUCAUCAAUUUUUUGUAAAAUCAUUUCCUAGUCAAUAUCAAUUCAACAUGUAAAUUUAAUUUAAUGCUAACUUGUAAUCCAAUAAAAAUAGUGACAACAAGUA